AUGUCAACGACGAUACCAACGUCUUCAUCAUUACUACAAGCGACAGAGACCAUGUCACAAAGUACAUAUUCUUCAAUACCCACAUCCACUGCCAAUGAUUUUGGAUCACAAAACACUACCAUUGGUUCAACCCCUUCAACAGUACUAUUUUUUCUUGCAUUAGCAGUUGGAGUUUUAAUUGCCUUAAUAUUUGUCUUCUUCACCAUACGAUAUUUUGUUCGAGCAAAAUAUGGUGUCAAUUAUGUUGGACUCACUAGAAGAGGACUUUAUGGUUAUAAUCAUCAUGUUAAUGGCAAUAAUAACGGAAAUCAACCGCCAUCAUCAAAUAUUGUUAAUGAACAUACAUUUGCGCAAAUAUUUACCACAACAGAAGUACAAGAUCAACUUGAUUAUAUUCGACAACACCAUUAUUUACGUGGAGAAAUAAUUGAUCGAAGAUUGAAUCAGGAUGAUGAGGACUCAUCAAAUGAUGCUGCAAGACAAAGACAACAACAGCGAAGACGGAGAAGACAACGAAGAAGAAGAAGAGGUGGAAGAUUUGCCAGAAUGAAAAAAUUAACUGCUGAAGAAGUUGAAUUAUUAUUCCCCAAAAAAACUUAUCAUCAAUGGCUUAAUGGUGGGAAAGAAGAAGAUGUUGAAAAUCGAGAAGAUUUAUUUUGUGAAGUGAAGGAAGAGGAGCAACACCACCAUGAAGAAGAUAUUCAAAAUGAAAACAAUGGUCAAUCUAGUAGUGAUGAUAAUAAUAAUAAUAAUAAUAUUGGUGGCACUGUUGUUGAUGAUGAAAAUCACAAUUGUUCUUCUAGUCAAACAGAAGAUAACGAAUCAACAAAUACAUUAUUUACAGCUCGAACUUCAGAUAUGAAUAACAGAAACAGCAGCAUUAAUAAUAAUAAUAAUAAUAAUAAUAAUAAUAAUAAUAAUAAUAAUAAUAAUAAUGAUAAUGACGAGGAAAUUGAAAUGAAACAAUUAAAUCUUGCUGAAGUUAAUUCCAAAAAUGAUUCCAAUGAUUCUCAAAAUAGUUUACAUUUUGAUUCAGGAUCAUGUGCUAUUUGUUUAGAAAUAAUUGAAGAUGAAGAUAUCGUUCGUGGAUUAAUAUGUGGACAUGUAUUUCAUGCAGAAUGUUUAGAUCCUUGGUUAAUCAGAAGACGUGCUUGCUGUCCUAUGUGUAAACGUGAUUAUUUAUUUAAAAGAGAUUAUCAAAAUCAUAAUGGGAAUAAUAAUAACACUGCUGAAAAUACGAAUACCCAAAAUGAUCAAACAAAUAAUAAUAGCAGUAACGAGAUAAAUGAAGAUGACGAUGAAGAUGACGAUGAUUUACAUACAAUUGAUUUCGAUAUUGAAGAAUUCAGAAAUAAUCCAAGUUUACAAAUGAUGUUACAAGAAUUAAUCCCACCAGCUGAAAGGGUAAGAAUUUUACUUGAAGAUCCGAGAUAUAGUGAUUUGAAUUUUGAAGAAAGAGCUCGUGAAAUUGCCAAACGGAAAUAUAGUAAUAUUUUCAAAAUCAUAUGGUGGAAAAUAAUGGGGAUUUCUAAACUUGAUUUCUAUCAUUGGGGUGUUCUUAAACUAAUUGAAAAACAUCACCAUGAUCAUCCCGAAGGAACAGAAUCAACUACUGAAAAUAAUCAACCACAAGCACAACAACAACAGCAGCAGCAACAAGAUCAACAACAAGAUCAAGAUGCCGCUGAUAGUGCCAGUAACUCUAGGAAUACACAUGAAGCAAGGAGUUCACGAGAUAUGGAAGAAUUAGGUGACGUCUCUGAAGCAACAAGGACGGAAACGGUUAUGAAUAGGGUUUAA